AUGGCCCCUGAAGAAAAGCCAAAGGAGAAGACAGCUCAAAGAGCGAUAAAGAAGAUCCGGACAGCCUCUCUGGUUAUUAGCUUAGCUCGAGGCUGGCAGCAGUGGGCCAAUGAGAAUAGUACGAAGCAAGCCCAAGAACCUUCAGGGUGGCUGCCUGGUGGAGCUAAAGAGGCUGGUGGGUCACCCAAAGAGAACAAGAAUACAGAACUAUUAGAGCCCUUCCAGGAGAAACAAGGUAUAGGAGCAGGUCAGAGGAGCCUACUGGCAAAGCCAUUUUGCAAUAGAGACAGGGAGUGUUUAAACAACCUUCCUGAUGAUGAACCCGGGGAGACCCACAUUAAAAGGAAGGAGGUAACCAAAACAGUGGUCAACAAAGUCUAUGAGCGAGGAGGGGACAUGAGCCUUCUCAGCCACAGAUAUGAGAAUGAUGGGACCAACUGUGAAUCAUGGCAGGAAGGAAAAUACUUGAAUCACAUUGACAAGAUCCUGAACAGCCAUACUUCCCCAACCAGGAGGAGGAAGUGCUUGAACCUGGUGUCAGAACUGACCAAAGGCUGGAAAGAAAUAGAACGAGAGGAACCCACUAGCCGCAGUGAUAGCAUAGACACUGAGGACAGUGGCUAUGGAGGGGAUUCCUCCGAAGAGCGGCUAGAGCAGGAAGUCAACAAGCAAGAAGGAGACCACGUGAUUGCAGCCAGGAUUAAACGACCCAUGCCUUCCCAGGCUAGCCGGUUUGCAGAGAAUCUCAGCAGCAAGGCUCAGAGGAAAUGUAGCCAAGUGAACAGCAUGAAGGGGAGAUGGCAAAAAUGGGCUGAUGAGCAUCUGCAGUCUCAAAAGCUGAAUCCCUUUAGCGAAGAGUUUGAUCACGAGCUGGCCAUGUCCACCCGCCUGCACAAAGGGGAUGAGGGCUAUGGGCACCCCAGAGAGGGGACAAAAACUGCUGAACGGGCCAAACGAGCAGAAGAACACAUCCACCGGGAAGUCAUGGGUCUGUGCUUUAUCAUCAGAACAAUGGCUCGCUGCGGACGGGAUGGCAAAAUCCAAGUCACCUUUGGGGAACUCUUUGACAGAUACGUACGGAUUUCUGAUAAGGUGGUGGGCAUCCUCAUGAGAGCCAGGAAACAUGGACUUGUUCACUUUGAAGGAGAAAUGCUAUGGCAAGGCCGAGAUGACCAUGUGGUGAUUACACUCCUGGAGUGA